AAAGUCAAUUUGCUGAUUAUUUGCUCGUCAUCGAGGAUAAAAACGAAAACUUUUUUGAACAAAAACUGUAUCUUAUCCAAAGUUUCAAAAUGUUGAGCGUUAGUGGUAACUUUCCUGAAUAUGCAGUACCUGGAGCAAAACAAGUUCGCUUUGAACCGUAUGCUGACAAUGGAGGUAGCGUCGUUGCCAUCGCCGGUGAAGACUACGCUGUGAUCGGAGCUGACACUCGUCUUAGCACCGGAUUUUCAAUAUAUACAAGAGAACAGAAAAAAUUAUUCAAGCUAUCUGACCGUACUGUACUCGGCGCUACUGGCUGCUGGUGUGACACCCUAACUCUCACAAGGUUGCUCCAAGCCCGUAUGCAAAUGUAUGAGCAUGAGCAUAACAAAUCGAUGUCUACUCCGGCGGUCGCCCAAAUGCUCUCCACUAUGCUCUAUUACAAAAGAUUUUUCCCUUACUAUAUAUCUAAUGUCUUGGCGGGCUUAGACGCAGACGGUAAGGGAUGUGUUUACAGUUAUGAUCCUAUUGGUCACUGCGAGAGGUCUAACUAUCGUGCUGGGGGCUCCGCAGGCGCACAACUGCAGCCAUUACUUGACAAUCAAAUAGGAUUAAAGAACAUGCAGAAUGUCACAGAAGCUCCAUUGCCAAAAGAAAAGGCACUCUCACUACUGAAAGAUGUUUUCAUUAGUGCAGCAGAGAGAGAUAUUUACACCGGUGACUGUAUUUAUAUUUUAGUCAUCACAGCAAAUGGUAUCCAGGAAGAGAAAUUUGAACUUCGUAAAGAUUAGUUUAUUUUUUUACCAAUAAAAUUGUUUUGAAAGU